CGAACAGUUUUUAAAACGCAGAAAUAGGAGAGCUUGCCGAAGGAUACACACACACACGUCUAUAAUUAGCUACUGAAAGGGGUGUAUAUAUAUGUGUUUGUGCCAAGUGCAACUGAUGUUCCUUGGUCUUUGGAAGUUCAAAUGGGCAUCUCUCAAUUUGCCUGUCGUCUCCUACAAAAAACACCCAGAAAACCUGUCAUCAACUCAUUCCAACACUUUCGAACCACUUGUCUCCAUUCACUCACUACUCUAUCACAAACCAUCACAGAAGACCUCACCAGAAAUCAAAAACCAUUCAGGGGAUAUCCAUUUUUUGAGCUCUUAUUCAGCCGCACUGUUUCUUCCAAACCAACCCAUGACAAUGCAGAACAAACCCAGGCUUCCGUUCAGAAUCAAAACAUCUCCAACAACCCAGAUGCCAAAACCGACAGGACAGCCCAAGACGCCGAAAACAUCUGCAAAACAUUGUACAUUAACUCUUCAAACGACAGCGUCGAGAGCUUUCUCGAUAAUAUUCACGUUGAGAUGUCGGCGACUCUUGUCGUUGAGGUUUUGAAGAAGCUCAGCAAUUCGGGUGUUCUUGCGCUUUCGUUCUUCAGAUGGGCUGAGAAGCAAAAAGGGUUCAAACAUACAACUGAGAGUUACGACGCUUUGAUCGAAGCUCUGGGAAAGAUCAAGCAGUUCAAGAAGAUAUGGAAUUUGGUGGACGAAAUGAAACUCAAACGUUUGUUGACUAAGAACACUUUUGCGUUGAUUUCGCGGAGAUAUGCGAGAGCCAAGAAGGCUAAAGAAGCGAUAGAGACGUUCCGGAAGAUGCGCAAGUUUGGAUUGAAGGCAGAAGUUUCGGAUUUCAAUAGACUCCUUGACACUCUUUGCAAAUCAAAGUUUGCGACGAUAGCACAGCAGGUGUUCGACGAAAUGAGUGAGAAAAGGUUCAAACCCGAUAUCAAGUCGUAUACGAUUUUGUUGGAGGGGUGGGGUCAGGAGAAGAAUUUGUUGAAGCUUAAGGAGGUUUAUAGGGAGAUGAAGGACGAGGGGAUUGAGCCUGAUGUUGUGACUUAUGGCAUUAUGAUCAAUGCACAUUGUAAGGCUAGGAAGUAUGAUGAAGCUUUUGCGUUGUUUGACGAAAUGGAAGCGAAUAAUUGCAAGCCUAGCCCUCAUAUCUUCUGUACUUUGAUUAUUGGGUUGGGUUCCGCGAAGAGGUUGAAUGAAGCUCUCGAAGUCUUUAGACGAUCAAAAGCGUGUGGUUUCGAGCCUGAGGUACCUACUUACAAUGCCUUGGUGGGAGCUUACUGCUGGUCAAUGCAGUUGGAUAAUGCAUACAAGGUUGUUGAUGAGAUGAGAGAAUGUGGGGUUGGUCCGAAUUCUCGAACUUAUGACAUAAUCUUACACCACUUGAUAAAAGAUAAAAGAACAGAAGAAGCUUUCUCGGUUUUCCAGAGAAUGAGUCGGGAACCCGGGUGUGAGCCAACAGUGAGCACGUACGAGAUAAUGGUGAGGAUGUUCUGUAAUGUGGAGCGAUUGGAUAUGGCGAUUCAGAUUUGGGAUCAGAUGAAGGCCAAAGGAGUGCUUCCAGGGAUGCACAUGUUCUCCACUUUGAUCAACAGUUUAUGUAUGGAGGAUAAGUUGGACGACGCUUGCAAGUACUUUCAAGAGAUGAUGGAUAUGGGGAUUCGGCCGCCGGCGCAGUUGUAUAGCAAUCUGAAACAAGCUCUUCUUGAUGAAGGAAGAGAGGAUAUGGUACAAACUUUGUAUGAGAGGAUUGAGAAACUCAGGAAAACCUCAUUAGUUGGUUGAAACUCUAUUAUAACUUCUCUUGUUUGUUUGUUUAUUUUCUUUUGUUGAGCCACAAAAUUGCGAUGUUUUGUUUGGUGACAAGAAUACUGGUGCUUUAUCC